AUGGAACUAUGGAACCAACAAAAGUCAAGCUCUCUUUCAUUUUGAUGUCAGUCCAGUCAAAAUGUGACCAUACUCUGGUGCCAGCUUUACAUGAUAUAGAAAGGGACAGAAAUUCAAAAACGUUUUUCUCUGAUUAGUUGUUUUCAGUUGGAUUCUAGUUUCAACUAAAGAAGCCGAGGACACACAAUGGAUCUAACAUUGGGACUAUUUAGCUUGUGUGUCAUAGUGACAGUUUGGUUGGGUUCAGUGGCACUUGCUGAUACCGUGGGCGGCUGUGAAACGGUGGAGGUGCCGAUGUGUAAAGGGCUGGUUGGAUAUAACUAUACCAGACUCCCCAACCAGUUCAAUCAUAGAACACAGGCAGAAGUCUACUGGGCUCUGCAACCAUGGUGGCCUUUCAUGGAUACUCUCUGUUCUUCCAAUCUCAGGAUUCUGCUCUGUGGGCUCUACUUGCCCAAGUGCACCCCAGGAUCCCCAAGGGUUCAGUUGCCAUGUCGAGAAACAUGUCGCAAAUCCAAGGUAAGGUGCUCGUCAGACAUGCAGCGUCAAGGACGACCAUGGCCACGGCAGUUCAGGUGUCCUCAGUUCUUGCCGAAGAGGACCAACCGCUGUAUCAAACCAAUCCCGGAAAAGAAAAAGAAGAGUCAACGUGGCCAUGUUGCCUGUGAGCGUAACACUCUGUCCAUGUGUUCUAGCAUUGCACCCCCUUUCACCCAUGGUUCCCUGCCAAACAUGUUUCUUCAGGGCAGCCUUGAUUUGAUGGAGCUGGAGAUGCAGCAGUACAAGCCGCUGAUUCAGUCCGGAUGUUCUCAGAACCUUCGCUUCUUCCUCUGUGGUGUCUUCAUGCCCUUCUGUGUCCAGGAACGUAUGCAGGAAAUCCCUUUCCUCGUCCCAUGCCGGGAAUUGUGUCAAGGGGUGUAUGAUUCCUGUCACGAGGAAUUUACCCGCACUCGAAGUGGUCUCCCCUGGCCAGGUAAGCUUCACUGCCAUCGCUACCCGUCCUUUACGGAUACAUAUGGAGACAACCGUACCAUUCCGUGCACGAUGUCACCUCAGUCAGGCAGACGCACAACAUUGAUCCAGCGACGAGCACAGGUACCUACUGGCAGACCUGCCAACCGCAGACAACCCAACAGACAGGGAAACAGACAGGGCAACAGACAGAACAGACAGGGAAACAGACAAUCCAACAGACAGCCAAACAGACAAUCUAGCAGACAGCCAAACCGACAAUCUAGCAGAUAUGCAAACAGGCAAGCAAACAGACGAGCCUUGAGACCAAGGGAAAGAAGUCACAUGAGAAAUUGAGACAGACAAUGUUUUGCAACUACUUCUUGAACGACAUGAAGACAAUUUCACCAACUGGACAAAAUGAAGUGAACAAGCCACAUAAGGAAACUCAAGUCUGUGUCAGUGACCAUAACAGAAAAUCAUGGUAUGUUGUGAAAAUUUCAGAUUGGUAUUUGGGGAUCAAGUAUUCCCUGCUGAUAACAUGAACAAAUGUCAAACAGCAGUCUAGGAAAAGCUACCUUGAUAAAAUCUUAAAUGUUAGACUGUAUCAGACAGUACACGAUAACACAUAGAAAAGUAUUUUCUAUGACAGCACAACAACUUUUGUCAGAUCAAAAUCACUAUUAUUAGCACCAUCCUAUAUUUUAUCUGUAUCAAAACCUUUCCUCAUAUAGCACUAAAGCAAAUGAUACAGAUAAAAUGCAUGCGUAUUAACACAAUUUAUCCUGAUAAAUCUACAGGGAGAGCAUGCACAAUUUGUCCAAUGUUUGGAUACAAUAUUAAAUGACCGCGAAUGACACUGUGUUGAAUAAGGAAGUCUGGAAGAGAUAUAUAGGCUGGUGAAACUGAAAGUAGGUCAAACUACAUUAGAGAAGUGACAGCAUUUUCCUUGAGCAACAAGUGAAAUAUACAGUAAUGAAGAGUGUAGUGAGAUAAGGGAACCAGUUUGUGCAAAGGUAUUGAAUGUCAUCCAGCACAAACAUGGUUUUUUUCAUCAGUAGAAGAUUAUUAGCUAAGGCCAAAUGAAUGUUUUACUAAACUUUGGCUUCGGGGUACUGACUCCCAGACAAGGAACCUCAGGUUUCGGAAGAUGUUUUUGACAGUUACUGUAGAUGCCUGUGUAUUGAAAUCACUUGAAUAAACAAAUCUUAUCUAAGA